GUAUGGUUUAGCUUUCUGUCAAAGUGACACUAAUUUUGAGAGUGAGUUUCUGAGAUGCCCCUGGUCGUUUUGUACAUAUGUGCAUUCGAGUGUUGCUCACCCAGGAGAUGCGACUUUCUGAUUAAAGACGUCGGAACGAGCAUUCACCCUCCCGCCUUGGCGUCAGGUACCCGAGAUGUGCUGACGAAAAUCCGUGCCCCCCGAACCCUGCACAGAAUGUGCGUCUCAACAAAGAGAUUGUGUGCAGUCUGUAUGGGCGUCGAGUGCUUUGGUAAGCGGAAAACACUCUAUCGAUGCCACGGCCUGUUGAACUGUACCCUAGCAGCCCGCUGACAGGAGAGAAGUUUGCGCAAGUGAAGCAAAUUUCAGGGCACAGGCAGUGUUGACCAAUAGAUGGCCGAGUAAAGUUUGGCCCAGCUGUC